AUGCUUCGAUGGGCUGCAGACUUCAUCCUUGACACCAUGGACAACGACCCCAACGUUGACGUCUACUUCGAAUGGACCUUCCCCUGCUCUGGAUGGUCACAACAUCCUAUGGUGUUCUUGGAACAUGAGCUUCGCAAGCGCUCCAUUCCCUGGGAGUCAUGUCGCAUUGAUGGUUGCAACUAUGGCGUGCGAGAUCGCAACAACGACCUCUUCCUGCACAAGCGCUGGCUCAUCAAGACCACUGACGAGCUCUUCCACAAGAACUUCAGAGCAAAGGUCUGUCCCAAGAAUCAUCGACGCACUCUGAUUGAAGGCAUCGAAACAUCAAGAUCGGCAUACUAUCCCCGCCGAAUGGUGGAAGCCAUUGUUCGUCACUGGAAGCGAGAACUUGUUCCUCUACGGCAUCUCAAAUACCUCACCACUGGCUCCAGUGAAGCCGAUCAUGAAGUUGAGAACUGGAUGAGAAGGCAAAAGCUUCUUCAUGAACCUGAUGCUCUUCCAGCAGAACUCGUUCCUGAUGAUGAUGAUCCUCCCGAACAGCCAGAGGAAGCCAAUCCUCUAGCAGAAAUUUCCAAGAAGGAGCAAGAUCAAUGGCUGGCUCGGCUUCGACAUUAUCAUCGUGCUGCUGGACACCCGAGCAAUCGCAGCCUUCAACGUCUGUCCAAAGAUGCUGGACUACCGGCAUGGAAGCUUCACAUGGCUAAGAACUUUGUCUGUGAAACCUGUCAAAGCCUCAAGCUUGGUGGCUACAGUUCUGGCAAGGUUCCUCCAGCUUCAACACACUCGCUCUACAAGGCAUGGCAGGCUGUGGGCGUUGACGCCUCUGAGUGGUUAGUGCCAAAUCAAAAGGUGAAGCUACGCUUUUUGCUGUUCAUUGACCUGGCCACAAAGCUCAAGUCGAUCUAUGUGGUCAAACAGUAUGACUUCCUCCAGAUGCAAGGUGAGACGGCAACAGAAGUCAUCACCGGCUUCUCUGAACGAUGGCUUGUGGACAAGCCAAAACCUGAAAUCCUCGUGCCCGACAACUCCAAGACCUUCAAGAGUCGCGAGAUGCACGACUUCUGCAGCAGCAUUGGUAUUCAAUUGGCCUGUCCUGCUGAAAAGGAGUCAUGGGCACAUGGCGUUGUCGAAUCUGCCAUCAAAGAUCUCAAGAUGACAGCUUCAGCCAUUCAAAUUGAUCAACCACAUCUCAAUCCCCGUGUGAGUUUGAUGCUUGCAUGUGCAGCUCUCAACUCCACCGAGUACACCAAGGGCUACUCUGCCUUUCAAUGGUGCUACGGCGAGGACUACACCCUGGCCGAUGAAGACCUGAGAACGUUCCGAGAGUUUGAAAACUAUGAGGACCACAUGUCCUAUGAGUCCCUGGUCCGAGCUCGACAAGAUGCCGAAACCGAGUGGGCAGCGGUCAAACGGUCCAUCGACGAGGCCUACACCUGGGGCACUGCAAAGGUUGGCUCUUAUCGUCACGCAGGCACUGACAUUGAGGUCACCAGAGACCGCGAUGGCGACCAGGUCAUCACUGUGAACCAGCAGUAUUAUGUAGAUAUGCUUUGCGACCUCAACAUCCCUCAAGAUCGCCUACGUUGUUGUGGACAGAACUCCACGGAGCGGGAUGGAACCGCCCGACAGCGGUGGAUCAUGUCGCCUGGGCUGAGCGACAAUCCCGCGAAGUGGCUGGCUUCGUGUGCGCGGAUUCUCGAGGAGGAUUCGACGCAGUGCAGGUGGUUGGCGAGCGACUACGACAUCGCCGACGCGAUGACAAAGAAACGACCCGAAUGCCGCUUGAGCCUCAUGAAAUUUCUCCAAAGCUUCCUCUGGUGCAUAGCUUUCGACCCCACCUUCACUGCGGCCAAGAAGAAUGCCAAGCGUGGCAAGACAGCAGUGAAGCAUGUGAGCGCCGGAGAUGCACAAGCUGACUCUUUUUUGUGGGCUGAUGUCUUGCGCCUCUUCAAGGAGCAGCUGGAACCGGUGAUGUGGAAGAUCUUUGUGGAGCUCUCUGGAGAUGUCUCAGCCAAAGAGGCCUGGCAAGAAUAA